AUGACGUCCACAAACACUUUAAAAGAAAGGGAGACAGCGCCAGGCAGCAGCCGCGCAGUGUCUCUUAUGGAGGCCCCCAUGCAACUUGAAGGGGCCCUGCCAGCCUCGCGUGUGCCUUCGAUUGUUUCCGCACUGACCUACAGCAGCAGCAGCAGCUGCUGCUGCUGCAGCAGCAGCACCGGCACCAGCAGCAGCGCCAGCAGCACGGGGGGCGACUUCCCCUGCGAGGAGGUAGAGAGGGUCAGGGGGCCCCCAAAGCUGCAGGUUGCUGCAGUGCAGGCAGCUGAAGCAGCAAUAGAAACGCCUCAUCUGCAGAGCAGCGAAGAAGACGAUCGCUGCUCCUGUUUGCUGCUGCCGGAGCUUCCUUUGCAGCUGCCGCUGCAUCUGCCCGCGCAGCUUCCGCUGCAGCAGCAGCAGCAGCAGCAGCAGCAACAGCCGCAGCGGUGUCCGAGUGAGGGUGUGUUAGAUGUAUGCUCCUGCCUGACAUUUGAUGACCUGCCUCUGCUGCAGCAGCCGGAUCCGCAGCCGAAGCUGCAGGAGGAGCCGCAGCAGCAGCAGGGGCAGCGGCAGCAGGAGAACAGCAGGAUUUCCGGUGUUGAUGACGCAGCGCCGGUGCUUGUGCUGCCUCUUUUCAAAGUUGUUGAAGACAUUCUGGCGCCCAGAGGCCUCUCGACGCCGAACUCGCACUGGCAGCAGCAGGAAGCAGCUAGCGCGGGCCAGAAGCCAGCAGAGCAGCAGCAGCAGCAGGAACCCCGCAGGCUGCGGAAGCAGCGGCGGGUGCCCGAGCUGCAGCAGCCGCCGCAGUCCGAAACCGAAGAUGAAGAAGACAGAGCGCUGCGGUGGGAAUGCCGCGUGGUGACCCCGUGCGUGGGGGUGGGUGUUGACUGUUUAUCUGCAGAGGGUUGCGGAUUAAUAGUUUGUGGCUCUCCAUUUUCUCUUUUCGACAACUGCUGCACUGUGGAGCUGCCCGGCUCUUACUACAUAGGCGGCGGCAGCAGCAGCAGCAGCAGCAGCUCCAUGCGCUGCCCGCUCAGCCCGCCCAUCUCGGGAGCCCGCGCCGCUCGCACGGCUACCCGCAGAGGCAGCAAAACUUUGGCGCAUUUGGGACAUGUGGAAAACAACACGUUGGAGUGGUCGCAUUCCUCAGGAACGGAAAUAGUGGAGGACUUCGACAUUAGACCCAUCAAGGUCUUUGUGGGCACCUGGAAUACGGAGUACCAGGAAUUUGCAACAGAGUACAUCAGCUCCUUGGAGGCUCAGCUUCAGGGCAGAAGCGGAAGCCCGCAGCGCAAAGGCCCCACCACUUCGGUGGAGUGGAGCGAAGCCGGCAGCCAGGCGGUCCGGCUGCGGGCCUCGCAGUCCUCCACCUCCACCCUGACCAUUGGUCAGGACACGGAGGUGGAGAGCCACAUGGACUCCGACAGCGACGACUCCACCCUCAGCGAGGCUCCACCCCUCAUCCAGCGCCGCUCCACUCUUUCCCUCAGCAAGCCGGCCCCCAACCAGCAGCCGCUGAAGGACUGGCUGCUUCCGGGCUACGACGUUUACGUCGUUACGCUUCAAGAAGUCACCAAUGAUAACAUAUUUAGCGCUAUUGGACUUUAUCUCGAAGUUGCAAAUGGGGAACAUUACUUGCGAGUUAGCAUGGGAGACGGCAAAAUAUCUGGAUUAGGCAAAGGGGCCUGGACAAAGAUGAAGGCCACUUCCAUGGCCUGCUGGAUCCGACAGUCCGCGCGUUCUCCAGUUGGGCCGGUGACCCCUUUGGCCUACAAAGCUUUUUCCUUUACGAGAAUAAACGCGAGCAAAGGAGCUUUGACUUUGGUGUUGAAGAUUCAUGACCAAGUUGUCUGCUUCGUGGGCUGCCACAUGCCAGCCUCGGGCGUCAAGGGCCGUGUACGCGCCCGCAAGCACAUUCGCCAGAAACUGGCUCAGGUCUAUUCAAAUUGUGCAGAAGCUGAUUUCACUCGGGUGUUCCACCACGUCAUUUGGGCUGGAGACUUCAACUUCAGACUGCAGGCCACCCCUGAGAUUUACAUGCCGCUGCUGGAGAAGCUAAACAUUAAGGCCCUACUGCAGUACGACGAAUGCAAGGAGGACUUUGGCCAAGACAUGCAGCUUCACCAAAUGCGGGAAGCGCCUGUAGAGUUUUUGCCAACCUAUAAGAAGGCAGAUGGCCGGCCACCCCUAGACACCAGCGACCCUGACUGGCCUUUGAAAGAGUACCAAGUGCAAAUGAAAAAGGGAGUUCUGGGGCAGCGCAAGACAGUAGAAAGGCCUCCCUCGUGGUGCGAUCGAGUCUUUUACUGGUCAAUGCCGGCAGUGAAGUCCUUCUUAAGGACGGUUCCUGGAGCUUACUUCGCUGCAACUCCCAAGGAACCAAGUGUUCUCAUGGCCAGCGACCACGCCCCUGUGGGUUGUGGCUUUUAUCUUUACGCUUUGCGUUCCGAGCCUCCCCGCAUAUUCUUUGGCCAGAAGAAUCAUACAGACAAAAGACAAAAACAAAUUAAAGAAUAA